AUGUCACCCAUCCUUGCGGCAGCGAGUAACGCCGGAGCGUCGCUGGGAGCACCUGCCUCCGCCGGCAAGCCAGUGGUGAGCGCGAGCGCGAUCGAGGUGGUGAGCACGGCGCGCUUUCCCGCCCCCGCCGCCGCCGUGGCGGUGGGCGCCGCCGCCGCGAGCGGCACGGCGGUGGCGAGCGCGGGCGCGAGCGCGAGCGAGGUGGUAACCGCCGCGAGCGAGGUGGUGAAAGCGUCGCUCGUCGUGGAGACACUCAUGAUCCUCGGGUCGCUCGCAAAGCCCAGCCUUGUCUACUUCCACUCAGGCCUCUGCGGCGCGCCGAGCGUCUGGGGAAGGAAUGUGCAGGCGCUAUUGCUUUGGGACGUGACUGGAGGCCUCGCUACGGGUUAUCAUGUUCCGUGCGUCGCGCUGCAGGCUUUCGCGUCGGCGGAUUGCUCUGGCGUAACGGCUGGGAGACUCACUGCCCCACCCCCAGCCGUUGGAAACGUGCAAUCUCUCAAGCUGACCACACCUCUCAAGGCCUUCCACUGCGUUAUCUGUAACCAUCAAGCUGACCACACCUCUCAAGUCCUUCCGCUGCGUUAUCAACAUAAUGAUGAAAGUGCAGCAGUCGCUGCUGCCAUGCUUGCCCUCCCUCAUGCUGCCGCGCAUGCCCUCAUGCUGCCGCGCAUGCCCUCAUGCUGCCGCGCAUGCCCUCAUGCUGCCGCGCAUGCUACUGCAGACAUAAUGAUGAAAGAGCAGCACUCGAUGCUGCCAUCCGUGCCCUACUGCUGCCAUGCACAUGCUUUCUGCUGCCACCCAUGCACUCUUUCCCCCAUGCCUCUCACCCCAUCCCUCUCACCCCAUCCCUCUCGCCCCAUCCCUCUCACUCCUCUCACCCCAUCCCUCUUUCCCCAUCCCUCUCCCCCCAUCCCUCUCACCCCAUCCCUCUCCCCCCAUCCCUCUCCCCCCAUUCCUCUCCCCCCAUGCCUCUCCCCCCAUGCCUCCCCCCCAUGCGCUAUCAUCCAGACAACAUCUGCCAGUGGGCCAAGUGCCGGGCACACUCCACAUGCAUCAGGACGAAACGAUAAUUACGGGGUGGCAUGCCAAUGCCCUCAACCCAUCCCUCUCCCCCCAUGCCUCUCCCUCCAACCCAUCCCUCUCCCCUCAUGCCUCUCCCCCCAUGCCUCUCCCUCCAACCCAUCCCUCUCCCCUCAUCCCUCUCCCCCCAUGCCUCUCCCUCCAUGUGCUAUCAUCCAGACAACAUCUGCCAGCGAGCCAAGUGCCCGCCACACUCCAAGUGCAUCAAGACGAACGAUAAUUACGGGCCCCAGUAGCCUCCCCUCUCCUCUCGAAACCUCCCCACUAGCCUUCCCUGUCCCCUCCUUCUCGCCUUUCCCCGUCCCUCUCUCCUCUCUUCCCUUCCCCUCUUGCCAUCUCCUCCCACCAUGCAUCUCUGUGCCAAUCAUUCAUUCUCACCUUGUCUGUUGCACCUCCCCUCUCCCGAUGCUUCCCCCUUCUCUCCCUUCCCCGUCCCUCUCUCCUCUCUUCCCUUCCCCUCUUGCCAUCUCCUCCCACCAUGCAUCUCUGUGCCAAUCAUUCAUUCUCACCUUGUCUGUUGCACCUCCCCUCUCCCGAUGCUUCCCCCUUCUCUCCCUUCCCCGUCCCUCUCUCCUCUCUUCCCUUCCCCUCUUGCCAUCUCCUCCCACCAUGCAUCUCUGUGCCAAUCAUUCAUUCUCACCUUGUCUGUUGCACCUCCCCUCUCCCGAUGCUUCCCCCUUCUCUCCCUUCCCCGUCCCUCUCUCCUCUCUUCCCUUCCCCUGUUGCCAUCUCCUCCCACCAUGCAUCUCUGUGCCAAUCAUUCAUUCUCACCUUGUCUGUUGCACCUCCCCUCUCCCGAUGCUUCCCCCUUCUCUCCCUUCCCCGUCCCUCUCUCCUCUCUUCCCUUCCCCUGUAUCCAUCUCCUCCCACCAUCUGCUAUGCUGGAAAGGCCUUGUCUCUAGCCCCCCUCUCUCUCCUCUCCUCUCCUGUUUCCCCUCAUUUAUCUACUCCUUGUCUGUUCCAUGCAGCAGAGCCCUCCAGCGCCACAGCUAUGCUGAGUAUUGCUACAGAGACGAGUCCCUUGCAAAACCUCUCUCUCCUCUCCUGUUUCCCAUAUAUCUACUCGUCUGUUCCAUGCAGCAGAGCCCUCCAGCGCCACGGCUAUGCUGA